CUCCCACGAUGCUCAAGUCUCUAAUAUUGGUGUGUGUGGCGCUUGCAGCCGGCUCCUGGGCGCGCAAUGUUGACGAGUGGGAAGCACUGAUGCUGCCUUCAGAAUCAGCACCGACGUGUCAUUGUGGGACCCCUGCUUUCUACGCGUAUCUAGGCGGGGACGUCAGCCUCAACGCACAUGCCGUCAUUAUGUUCAACGUUGAGGAAACGGACACCAGUAACAGCUACAACAUACUCAACGGGCGCUUCACCGCUCCCGUUAGCGGCGUCUACGUCUUUUCUUUUACAAUAUACUCCAGCCUUAAAUCUUACGUCGGCGCCGAGUUAAUAGUUAAUGACGUCAUCAAGGGUGAAGCGUUUGCGGACUCGGAAGAGAUCAACGACACGCACUCCGCUAGCGCAACGAUCGUUGUCCAGAUGACCGCCGGGCAGCAAGCGUAUGUCCGCCGGGGAUUGAACAGCCAGUCGGGUAUGUGGAGCCACGCAUCCCGCGGACGUUCAUCGUUUUCCGGUUGGCUUCUUCGCUAAAAGAAGAGGCGCAUGGUAGAGUGACGUCAUGAACGGAGAGAGGCGGGCUACAGCUUUAGCAACAACCGAACGUUGUUACGAAAAGAACUACUCUGAACAAAUGUGUUAAAACAUGAUGCCGUUUGCUGCGCAGUCAAGAGAUGAUGAACUUAUUAGGGUAACUCGGCACCUAUAUUAUGUAACAUAUAAUAAAACAACAUAUAA